AUGUGGUAUGGUUUCAUCACUACAGGUGAACCAAUUCCAAAGAAAUGGUCUUUACCAAUGACUUGGCCACCAACAAGUGUAAAUAGAACUCCGCACAUGUCUUUUGGUGAAUUUGUGAAGUUAGGUGACAUACUUUUAGAAAAACGAGCUCGAUUCUGGGACAAUAUUUAUGAAAAAUACUAUCGACAGCCUGAACCACCACCGCUACAUGACAAUGCAACAUUAAAAAUGGCAUUUUGA